CUCCAAAAGAGCUUAUCUCAUCUAUCCAAUAGUACUUUCCGCAAGGCCGCUCUAGUCAAACAGGCGUCAGCUCAGGACAAGAGACAUGCGGUCAUACACACGACCUGGAAACUCGAGUUGAUUGAGAGGCAGAGGUCGUUUAUGCAGUCACUUCGGAAAGAGCAGGAAGAGGAGCUUAAGAGUGCAGAGACUGAAAUGGAGUUCUUCAGGCAGCUGGUCUGCGAUCGAGGACUCCCUGCUUUGCAAGACGACCAACAAUAUUUGGAGGCAAUUUUUGCGGAAGAAUUGGACGAUCUCGAUGUCGCCAAUGAGCAGUACAGACAGUUCACGACUCAUGCGAGGAAGCGUGUUGUUCCAUUUGCAAACAGCAGUGACACGGAACUUUCCCCUGACGAACUCGUGGCAGAUCAUGAUUCCUCAGACUCCCACAGUGAUGGGGGGUCGGAUGACCUCGUUUACGGAGCAAAUGAAUAG